UUGAUUUAGAAAUUCUCAACUUUACUGCACUUCAUCACCACCAUCCAACAAUAACACUUCCUAUCUCUCCAUUUUUCUCUCUCCUUAAAUUAUAUAUCUGCUCUGACUUCUCAACCCUAAUUACUCUGCUUCAUUUAUUUUUCAUUUUCUGUGUUUUUCUUGAGGUAUGACGACGUCGUUUGGAGCUGCCAAUAGCGCCAUUUUCAUUGACCCAAAGCUUCAAAUUCAGAGCUUUAAUGGCUUGAAGCCUUCUGGGUUGAUUCCUGUGCAAAAAGGCGUUCAUGGGGUUUCCGUAUCUUCUUCCAAUUCUUCUACUAUUAGCGCUGUUUCUACGCCAGUGAAGCCCGAGACUUCUGCUGCGCCGAAACGUAGUAAGGUUGAGAUAUUCAAGGAGCAAAGUAACUUCAUAAGGUAUCCUCUAAAUGAGGAGAUGAUGAAUGAUGCCCCUGGCAUAAAUGAGGCUGCUACACAGUUGAUCAAGUUUCAUGGGAGUUAUUUACAGUACAAUAGGGAGGAAAGGGGCACAAGAUCUUAUUCGUUCAUGCUUCGUACGAAAAACCCUUCUGGUAAAGUGUCCAACAGAUUGUAUUUGGUGAUGGAUGAUCUUGCUGAUCAAUUCGGCAUUGGAACUCUUCGAUUGACUACAAGACAAACAUUUCAGUUACAUGGAGUCUUGAAAAAGGACAUGAAGACAGUGAUGGGCACCAUUAUUAGAAACAUGGGAUCGACUCUAGGUGCUUGCGGGGAUCUUAACAGAAAUGUCCUUGCUCCGCCUGCUCCACUUGCUAGGAAGGAUUACUUAGUUGCUCAGGAGACAGCUGAGAAUAUUGCUGCCCUUCUUACUCCUCAAUCUGGUUUCUAUUAUGAUGUAUGGGUUGACGGAGAGCAAUUUAUGACAGCUGAACCUCCUGAAGUGGUGAAAGCCCGUAAUGAUAAUUCUCAUGGUACAAAUUUCCCUGAUUCUCCAGAGCCCAUUUAUGGAACCCAGUUCUUGCCCAGGAAAUUCAAAAUUGCUGUCACAGUUCCUACUGAUAAUUCAGUGGACAUAUUCACAAAUGAUAUUGGUGUCGUCGUUGUAUCUGAUGACAAUGGAGAGCCACAGGGUUUUAACAUAUAUGUUGGAGGUGGCAUGGGAAGAACACACAGGUUGGAGAGCACCUUUCCUCGUUUGGCUGAACCGAUAGGCUAUGUGCCAAAGGAAGAUAUAUUAUAUGCUAUCAAAGCUAUAGUUGUAACUCAGAGAGAAAAUGGUAGAAGAGAUGACCGAAAAUAUAGCAGGAUGAAAUAUUUAAUUGACUCAUGGGGCAUUGAAAAGUUCAGAAGUGUUGUUGAACAAUACUAUGGAAAGACAUUUGAACCAAUCCGCGAGUUGCCAGAGUGGGAGUUCAAAAGUUUUCUGGGUUGGCAUGAACAGGGUGAUGGAGGUUUGUUUUAUGGUCUUCAUGUGGACAGCGGCCGUGUAAAAGGUGUGAUGAAGAAAACAUUGAGAGAAGUAAUUGAGAAAUAUAAUUUGGAUGUUCGUAUUACAGCUAAUCAAAACCUUAUCUUGUGUGACAUUCGUCCUGCAUGGAAACGUCAAAUCACCACAAUGCUUGCUCAGGGUGGCCUACUGGAACCAAGGUAUGUGGAUCCUCUCAAUGUAACUGCAAUGGCCUGCCCUGCUUUACCUAUGUGUCCACUGGCAAUUACUGAAGCUGAGCGAGGAAUCCCUGACUUACUAAAACGGGUUAGAGCCGUGUUGGAGAAGGUUGGUCUUAAGUACACUGAAUCUAUUGUAGUAAGGGUUACUGGCUGCCCUAAUGGAUGUGCAAGACCCUACAUGGCUGAGGUUGGACUUGUAGGUGAUGGUCCUAACAGCUAUCAGAUAUGGCUUGGCGGGACACCGAACCAAACAUCAUUGGCUAGGUGCUUCUUGAAUAAGGUCAAAAUCCAAGAAUUAGAGAAGGUGCUAGAACCUCUAUUUUAUCACUGGAAGCGCUCUCGGAAAGCCAAGGAAUCGUUUGGAGAAUUCUCAAACCGCAUGGGUUUUGAAAAACUUCAAGAGCUAGUAGACAAGUGGGAUGGUAUACCAAAAUCAUCUGGUAAAUUCAAUUUGAAGCUUUUUGCUGACAAGGAAACAUAUGAAGCUGUAGAUGAACUUGCACAACUGCAAAAUAAGACAGCCCAUCAGUUGGCCAUGGAAAUCAUCCGCAAGUAUGUUGCUGCCCAGCAAAAUGGCAAAAUUGUUGAAUGAGCUCACCAAAUCUCAAAUUCUCGAUUUCCAGAUGUAUGUACUAUCUUCAUUACAGUCCAGGGAAACGCCUGCCAUUUUUGCUGCCAUUUCUUCUCAGAUGUUACUGCACAGUAACAGCCACACUUGCCUGGACAUGAUUUUCUUCUAGUAUCUUCCCUUUGAACCUUACGUUCCCUAACCCCUCUUGGUUUGAUACAACUCUUUUUUUUUCAUUUCAUUAGACUACAUCUCUUUUGUGUAUUGUUAUCUUUGGAGGAGUUUUUGGUUGUAACAGCAAUUGGGAUCUUAGUUUAAUGUUGUCUUUGCCCAUUAGUGCUGCCUGUUCUGGUGGUUAUGUGAAAUUGUGCCGCAUGGCACAAGGUUGCUAAUGAGAACUUGUAAUUUUGACGAUUAUGAGAAUGCAAUGUGAUCUUGAAUUUGACGACAGCAAGUUGCUUUA